UUGGAGGAUAUCAUCGAUUCGUUGAAGCGAGGGAACGUGUUUUCGUUGAUUGAUGCGAUGGCGAUUUUACAAGCGGCGACGGUGCGGUUCGCGGAGGAAGAGAGCGUGAAUUACGUGAACGCCGAGCCGGGUGGAUCCGUCGUCGUCGUGGGCGAUUUGCACGGACAGUUGCACGAUUUGCUCUUCGUGCUGAAAGAGCGAGGGAUGCCGUCGGAUAAGGUGAAGUACGUGUUCAACGGAGACUUGGUGGAUCGAGGUAAUCACGGGUGCGAAAUCGCGCUGUUGUUGUGCGCGCUGAAGCUCGCGUCGCCGCGGUGCGUGUUCAUCAACCGCGGCAACCACGAAGAAGCGUUCAUCAACAUUUACAGCGGCUUCGAGGAGGAGUGUCUACAAAAGUACGAUCAUAAAGUAUUCCAGAUGUUCCAAAGUUGCUUCGAUUGGUUACCGUACGCGUGCGUGGUGAAUGAGUCCGUGUUUGUCAUCCACGGCGGCCCGCCGUGCGACGAGGGGGCGACGGUGGAUGAAGUGCGAACUUUACCGCGAGGGGCGGAGAGCGCGCGCGUGUCGGUGGACAAAAGGCGCGUGGGAUGGUACAAAGAACUUGUUUGGAGCGAUCCGCAUCCCGAGGCUACGUUCAUAGGCAGCGUGCCUUCGCAUCGCGGCGCUGGUGUACUUUGGGGCAAAGACGUCUCGGAAAGAUUUCUGCAGAAAAACAAAUUAGAAGUCAUCAUCCGCUCCCAUCAGUGCGUGGCCGGCGGUGUCGAGACGUGCCACGGCGGCAAGGUGUUUACGCUGUUCUCCGCGUCUAGAUAUUGCGGUACUGGCGAGAAUAAAGGGGCUAUUUUAUCACUC